AUGUCAAAAGGAACCAUUUUGGUUACGGGGGCCAACGGCGGACUUGGGUCUGCCAUUGUGCAAAACAUCCUCAGCACGCCCGAUCUGGCCUCAAACUACGUUGGCAUCUACGCGGUGCGAAAAGCAGCCACUGCGACGGCGCUCAAGGGGGUCCUUCGUCGUGCCCCGUCAGAUCACAAGGAUGAGACGGUAGACGUCGACUUGGGCUCGCUGGCAAGCGUGAGGAAGACGGCUGCAGACAUCAAUGCAAGAGUUGCUAAAGGCGAGUUGCCUAGGAUUCGGGCCCUCAUCUUGAAUGCUGGAUAUUCAGAUUAUACUAAUCUGGUUAUGAGUGAGGAUGGGUUCGAAAUGACAUGGCAUAUCAACUAUCUGUCCAACAUGCUCCUGUCGCUGCUCCUCUUGCAAAGCAUGGAUGCGCAGGACGGACGCAUCCUCUUCGUCAGUAGCUGGUCUCACGAUAUCGAAGAUGCCCGCAACGAUAUAGUGAUAGGCGCGUAUAAAGAUACUAGAUACCCAACGCUGUUUCCUGGCGCGGAACUUCUCGCCAAAGGUCAAUGGAGUCGUCCUGAAGACGAUCCUGGCAUCAAUUCAGGGUUUCCGUCGAUAUGGGGCCAGCAAGCUGUGUGCUGUGAUGCUGUGCCAUCUCGUCGAACUCAAUGCUCAACAUAUGUGCCUUACAGCGAAGAAUUAGCAAAUCGUAUAGCCAAAGACCCGAAACUAAACAACAUCUCCGUCGUGAGCUUGAGUUCAGGCACCAUUCCCACCAGUUUCGGCCGUAGAGCAGGCUUUCUUAUUGGUAUUGUUGCCACGAGGGUUAUAAUGCCCGUGCUAUCGGAAAUCAGCGUGCGGUUCAGUCCCAACGGCAUGCUUUGA